CAAAACCAAAACCAAAACCAAAAGCCUCACUUCUGAGAUAUCUCUUCUUCCGAUAUCCUCUCUGAAGUCUGGUCGAUGGCCGCCGUGCAGCCGCACGUAGCCCCUCGCCGGCAUCAUCCUCCUCCGCCUCCGCCUUCGCCUCAGCCACCAGCUCCAGCGCUGUCGCCGUCACUGGCGAUUGUUGCGCGGCCGCAGCUUCGGUGCAAGAGGAGCCACGCCGCCGACGUCGCCCGCAGCAGGAAGGAGGGCGUGGCGGGCUCGUGCUUUCCCUGCCCGUCGGAGCCGUUGCUGAUCGACCUCGACAGCGGCAGCGACGAUGAGGAGGACGGGUGCGGCAGCUGCGUAGACGGCGGCGAGCGCGGUGAAGGACAGGAUGACGAUGAGCAGGGGAGCGGGAGCGUCGCCGCCUGGUGGAGCCAAGAGAGCAGCCUCCGCCGUUGCUUCCUUUUGGCGAAACGGAGCAGGACAGCGGAGGACGACCGUGCCGGCGGCGAGGACCCUAAGGUGGCGGCGGUGAGGCGGCAGGAGGAGGACCGCAAGUUCUGGGAGGCGUGCCUGGCCUCAGGCUACCCUUGAAGCUGCAGGAGGGGCAGGCCAGAUCAAUGGCCACGCCAUGCAUAAUGAGCGCGCGUCUUUCUUGAAAAUUUUUGUUUUAUCGAUUCAACUACCGCUUCAACAAGUCUGCUUUGGACAAUGCUACGAGCUAGCACUGUAUAGUACAGUUUUGUGUUUGUCGUGUGGAAUGAAUUGAUGAAACCAAGGUGGUUAAGAGAAGAAGAGGGAGAUGAUGUGGUGGAGGACUAAGAAAGUCAGCCUCUGUCUGCCACUGUACACAGUUGCUUAGGAUUCGAGGAACUAACCACAUGUGUGUGUGUGCAGCUGCUGAAGUGCAAUCACAUGAUGUAGAGAUAGACUCAGCCCUUCGAAAGCUGUAACGGCGUCUGCAGUUGCUGAAAUGCAAUCACAUGA